GCCCCGGCCCGGCUUGAGCUGGGGGAGUAUAUAUUAACUAAAGAAGAAGGGCAUUUUAGUCAUUUGCAGUCGCAACUAACAAGCAACAAGUGGUGCACACAUCCGCAGCCGCCAACUACAAAAUGCCCGUGAGGCAGAUCAGCUGCCCACUCGAACGGUAAAGCAAAAACCUGCAGGCAAGCUAGCUAGCCACGCGCACGCAGAUCAGCAGAUGAAGCUGUUCGCCUUCGUGAGGCGCGCGCGCCGGCCGCCGCCGACGGCGCCCGACGACGACACAGCCACAGCCGCCGCCGCUGCGACCACGGAGAAGCGGCGCCGGAGGCUGUCCUCGUCUUCGUCGUCGGGGUCGGCGUGGAAGCCGACGCUGGGCGCCAUCUCCGAGGACGCCGCCAUGACGUCCGCGCCCGUGGCGCAGGCGAAGGCAGCAGCGGCGCCGGCCAGGGCCAAGGCGAGGUCGCCUCGCCGUGCCACCCGGGCGGCCGGCUACGACGACUUCCGCACCAGCUUUGGCCGUCGUAGUCAAACACUCAAAGUAGAUGAAGCUGGUGACCCGGUCAGGCGUGCCAGUGGCCACCCCCAGCAAAGGCACAAGCCUGUGCUGCUGCUGCUGCUGCUGCAUGAGCAUGACUGAACUGAACCUGUGGAGUACUGCCGCCAUGAUGACCUAGGGCCUGCCACUACUACAUGUCCCUGGGGAUCAUCGUACGUCGAAAAGAUCAGCGCGCAAUGCACUGCAGAUUGCGCAAGAAGAGGACCUGACCCGCGCUUCACAAGGCUCAUCUCUAGCUUCAAAUCCAAUCCGAUGAUGCUCCAGCGUUAUUACUAUACUGCCGACUUCUGUAUACAGCGUCGACCCUACCAAACCCAACAGUUCCUCGCUCGCUUUCGUCAGCUGCUAGUUAAAGUAUAGUAGCAUUCACUGUUGACGUUGACGCUGACUCAGGUGCAUCCAUCUUUUCUACCUGCAGGCACUACGGCCACCCGACGGUGCUGCCGGCCUUCACGCCGACGGCGUUCCUGUUCUGAGCGGUGGCGAACCGCAAGCAACGCAAAACGUCGGCGGACCGGCGGCGGUGUUUGUACAGCUCAUGUGUGUGGUGGUGGUGCAGCUCGACGACGACGACGGCUUCCUGCUUUGUUUUUGUUCUUCCAACCUUCAUGCACAGCAAAGAGCUGAUCCCUAGCUUAGUGCUUCUGAUCUAUAUAUGAUGUGUAUACACAACUCUGCUGUUUCGGAUCCCCCCCCCCCCCCCCCCCCCACCACCACCACCAUACUUGGGCAGCGCUUUUGUGAUUUCUCUCGCAGCCAUAAAUAGUGCUACAUAAUUUGCUCCGUUUUGGCUCGCACCGCGGCGUGGCUACUGAUAGGGCUACUUUCGGAGCUACAAAAUCGGAAUCUGUACCCACAACUACUGGAAUCUGCACCCAGUUUCACCUCUUUCCUUAAUCAAUUGGGCCAGAUUCGAACAA